UUUUCCUCCAAUCAUCAUCACUGAUCCAGACGCUCUUACAGACGAUACAACGUCCUCCCGGUGAGCUUCAUUAAACGGUUCUCCUCCUCUCCGGCCCUGCCCGGUCCUUCUGCCUCCUCCGGCGGUUCGACAUCACGUUAAUCCCGACGCGGUGGGGCCAGGUGGGACCAGGUGAGACCAGAUGAAAUCAGGUGGGAUCAGGUGAGACCAGAUGAAACCAGGUGGGGUCAGGUGGGACCAGAUGAAACCAGGUGGGACCAGAUGGGAUCAGGUGAGACCAGAUGAAACCAGGUGGGAUCAGGUGAGACCAGGUGAAACCAGGUGAGACCAGAUGAAACCAGGUGGGACCAGAUGGGAUCAGGUGGGGCCAGGUGAGACCAGAUGAAACCAGGUGGGACCAGAUGGGAUCAGGUGGGGCCAGGUGAGACCAGAUGAAACCAGGUGGGAUCAGGUGAGACCAGAUGAAACCAGUUUGGUCUCCAUGAUGACAUAGGAUUCUGCUCCAUCAGCUGAUGAAGAUAAUGUGAUGUGGUUGAAAGCACUGGAUGCAGCUUCGUUCAUGGAUACAGAUGAAAUGAUGCCGUCAUCACUGCGGUGACAGCAGAGAGAGAAGCAGGGCCUGAUCAUGGGAGACAGAAAGAGAUCACAAUGUGCCGAAAUCUGACCAAAUAUGCCGUCAUCUUCUUCUUCCUAGCGCUGUCUGGCCUCAUCUUCCUGCUGCGCAACAUCCACACUGUAGAGAACUGGAACUGUCACACUAUUUCCACCCUCUACCAGCUGCAAAGCCGGAUCCAAUCGUCCUUCAUCCCCGUCAAUCUUCCUCCUUUUUACCACAACCGUACCUUCUGCUCCCACCUGGGCCAGAAACCGUCCCCCGAAGAUGAAGUGGAAGAGCGCUACCUGCUGGACUCUAUCUCCUGGCCCGGCCCUCCGUCUCACUCGUCUCCGCCCACCCUGCGUCAGACCAGUGACCCGGUGCACAGCCUGUUCGCCAUCCUUCCCAGUAAGGAGGGAAGGGAGUGGCAUGUGGGCGACCAGCUGGAGGUCCUCGUUCAGAUGCACGACUUCCUGGGUCGCCCCAAACGCUACGGUGGGGAUUUCCUCCUGGCCAGACUGCACUCCCCGGAGCUGGGAGCAGGCGUAGCGGGGAAGGUGGUGGACCACAGGAACGGGUUUUAUUCUGCUCUGUUCCCCCUCCUCUGGGAGGGAAGUGCACAGGUUGAGGUCGUGAUGGUGCACUCCAGCGAGGCCGUGGCCGUGCUACGACGGCUGAGGGAGGAACGACCCGACCGGGUGUUCUUCAAGAGCCUGUUCCGCCUGGGCUUCUUGUCGGAAACCACCGUGUGCAACAUGUGUUUACCCCCCGACCAGCCGCUGUGCAACUACACGGACCUGUACACAGGAGAGCCCUGGUACUGCUACAAGCCCAAGAUGCUCAGCUGUGACACCAGAAUCAACCACGCCAAAGGAGGCUACUUGAAACACCUCAUCACCAACAAGGAGGCGUUGCUCUUCCAGAGUGGUGUAAACAUCAAAGUUCACAUAUAUCCUUCAGGAACUCACAAAAUCAGCGUUCAGCCGCAGAGAGAUAAAGCAGAGGAAGAAAACAGCAGCAUAAACCCAGAGGACACUCAGCUGGGAGCUUCUGGAUAUUACUACGAAGACUCGUGGAGGCCUUUAGGGGGCGCUACUAUGCGUCAGUUCAAUCAGUCAUCCGCCGUCGCUCAGUGUUUGCAGAACAAAGUCAUCAACAUGUAUGGAGACUCCACAGUCCGCCAAUGGUUUGAGUACCUCAUUGCUUUUGUUCCAGAUUUAAAGGAGUUUGACCUCCACAGUCCUAAAAACGUUGGUCCGUUCAUGGCCGUGGACAGCACCCACAACAUCCUGGUUAGGUACCGCUGCCACGGCCCUCCCAUCCGCUUCACCACCGUCAUGUCCAGCGAGCUGCGCUACAUUUCCAAUGAGCUGGACGGCCUCGCCGGGGGCUCCGACACUGUGGUGGUCCUCAGCAUCUGGGCCCACUUCAGCACCUUUCCAGUGGAGGUGUACAUCCGACGGCUUCGCCACAUCCGACGGGCGCUGGUCAGACUGCUGGACCGAGCACCGGAGACGCUGGUGGUGAUCCGCUCGGCCAACCUCCAGGCUCUGGACCAGGAGGUGAGCCUCUACAACAGCGACUGGUUCUCCCUGCAGCUGGACGUGGUGCUCAGAGCCAUGUUCAAGGGCCUGAACGUCCUGCUGGUGGACGCCUGGCAAAUGACUGCAGCUCACCAUCACCCCCACGCCCUCCAUCCCCCCCCAGCCAUCGUCAAGAACAUGAUAGACACGCUUCUGUCUUAUGUUUGCCCCGACAACACCAAGAGCCAGAAAUAGGAGCUCAGAGAGGACAGUGGGUCUUUUAUUGAAGGAAACUGAGGACUUUAUUGUGUGAAUCAGUCAGUUCUUCACUUCUUUCUUCAGCUUCUUCUUCUUCUAAGCUGCAACCCUUUAACUGCCGUCCUCACCAAGAGACUUUAGACUUGGAGUACUUUCUUGUUAAGUAAAGGUUGCUGAAGCAGAGUAACGGCUUUAGAAUAACAACACCAUUGGAUUGAUUUCCUGUAUGAACACUUUCACUAUGCAAUUCUUUCUAUCGCUGGGAAAUGAAGGCUCAGAUUCUGGCACAAAGGAAGCCUGUCUUCAAAUCAAAACACAAAGAGGACAACGCUUCUCAUUUCCAUGGUAGCUGGUGGUGGAACAUCUGGAGUACCAGUGGAAACUUUACCCAACAAAAGACAAAGAGCCACAACAAUCAGAAAAAUAGAAAGAGGUCUGGAUUUGAGGGUUCAGAACCGACAUUCUGUUCCAGAACCUGCCUGUUUAUUAUCACAGAUGAGUCUUUAUGCCUUCAUCACAGCAUCGAGAUCCAGGUUUCUGUUUACCUGGGAUUCUUACAGGUGUUUCUUGCUGUGGACAGGACUGUUCAUGGCUCCAUUCCAGACUAAUUGAGUUCAUAAACAUAAUUUUUCUCCAGUUCCACCCUGACACCAACCCCUGCUGUGGUCUCUGCUUUAGAGUAUGUUGUUACUCCAUUUUACGUUGGAUUCUUCCAGUUAAUCUUACCUCUAAGUGCCGCUGCUUGUCUCGUGUCCGGUGGAGCUGCUAGUGUCGAGGCUCUGAGGAAAAUGGAAGACGAUGUGAUGCUAUUUGGAACCGAAGUUCAAAAUCUGUCUGUUGCCACUUUAAUUCUGAUCCCCCCCAAAGUUUAGUUUGUACUUGGAAAGCCAAAGACUUUGGCAGCGAUUGCUAACGCUCUCUGGUUUUGUUACCAAAGUGUUUGUUGUUGGUUGUAUUUAUGUUUGUUUAUUUGCUUUUAUUCAUAAGUUUUGCCAAAGCUGAAGACUCUUGAGUUCUCGUUUCAAAGAUGCUUCUCAGGCUGUUUCUGUCUCUUUGUGUUUUGUGUAAAAACUACAAACUUGGACCCACUGUGGUGAAAUGCUACUUGUGUAUGCGUCCAUUUUUUUCUUCAUUAUUUUAAAAUGCUUUUUGCAUGUUUACAGCACACAAUAAAACCUGUAACUCAUUCUAGCAGACUAAAGGGAAUGAUGCGAUGGAAAUAUGAAUGGGAGGGCUUAAAAUGAACCGUUUUCCAUGAGAUUUUUUUUUUUUUUUUUUACUUGGACAUUUUUCUAGCCUGUCCUUCCAUGUUGUGUCUUUUAUCUGAUGACUGUUCUUACUGACGGAUCAACUCUCAGUCUUUUAGCCUCCUCAGCUCAUAUUUUAGGCAAACAUCAAACCCUGGCAGCGAUGCAUUCAUCAUCAGUUUCUAAUAACAGUUUUGUUAUUACACAUUUUAUAUUACAAAGGCAAAAAAAGAAAAAAAAUGUUUUAUAUUCAGUUUCAAUUCUGGAUGUUUUCUAUAGACAUUUGAGGCUGAAUCCUGUAUCAUGUUCCUUAUGGAGAGAUUAGAGGAUUAUCAGGUCUGUAUGAUACAAAGAGAACGAUGUGCCUGUUUGUGUUUAAGUCAGUUUGUCCCGGGCAACAAUCAGAGGUUGAAUAAUCGCACACUCUGUUGUAAUUUCUGUAAAUGAACCGCCAUGUUUGCCAGCAUUUGCUACUGUCAGAUGUGUGCUUUUAUAACUCACCAUGGGCAGUUCAUGGGUGGAUUCCACUAUCAUUUGUUUCCUCAGCAGUAAGGAGAGGUCUGAGCUGGUUGGUCUCUGUCAUUUUUAUAGUGAAUAUGAGGCUUAAUCUCAUCGGGACUUUGCUGAUCAUGAGUUGGUGAUGCUUUUGUUGUGAUGCUGUUGUUGAUCUGAGCCUGGACAGUUCAAUAAACCGGAACAACGGGAAUAA